AUGAUCGAUAAUCUUGAAGCCACACUUAAUCGUUUGGUGGCUUUUUCAUCCACUGAGUCUUCACUGGAUGCUGCAGUGGAUUUACAAAAUAUUGCUCUUGCCCUGGAGGCAGCAGAAAAAAUUCCCGUACUGACGGAAACAUGUAUGUCUCUUUGUGUUGAUUUAUUGGAAAACACACCUCUAACUACCGUCACUACUUAUUCUAUUUUAAUGCUUUUGGCUAGGUGUUGUAUGCGUGAAGAAAAUAAGGAGCUAGCUUCUAGAUUUGGCGUCUUUGGUUUAUGUGUUCUUAUUCUUCAAGACUAUAAAAAAUUAUCAAAAGAUACACUUUUUGCUAGUUUUGACUUAAUUAGUACACUCGCUAUGAAUGACGGUAAUACACGUCGAAUGAUGCGUCCCGCCAUCCCACAUGUUAUUAAUGUAAUGAGAGAUAACAAGGAUUCACUAAAAUUAGCAUUUGGAGGUGCUGCUGUAAUCAGUACAUUAACAAUGCUUGAUGUGGCAAAUGCGAUAUUAGCUGCAGAAUGUGAAUGUUUUCAACUUCUUAUUAAUUUCUUUCUUAUGGCUUAUGAAAAAAAAAAGCAACUCCUCUCUCAACAUGCUUCUCGUUUAUCAUGGAAUAGAAAAGAGGAGGAAUUGCUCUUGUUGUGUGAUAAUGUGAUAUACUGGACGCGUGACGCAUUACAGAAGCUUGUAUUAGCUCCUUCUUCUGUGAUUGAUGAAAAACUUGAGGCUGCCACCUUCGGGGACUACGGUACUUCUGUUGAAGUGGAUGAACUAAAGUGGAAAUUAAAGUUUGAUCGGAAGAAAGUUAAGUUGACCACUCCGUGA